UGUUUAACAUCAGUCUUUAGUGAUAGCUCGCGCUUCUUGCUCGCACACUCGAAUCGCAUGUCGCACGCUCGUCGCUGCGUCGUCGGCUUUUUUACGAUACAUUGAAACGGAUCGUAGCGUGCGUACCAUAUUUGUUUGCUAUCGGUUAUCGGUUUGAUCAAUUUAUCGGCGCACACUACUCUAAUUCAAAAUUCAUUGACCCAAAUAAAGUCUAAUAACAAUCAUAGUGUAACUGCAAAGAAGUGAAUUACUUUUCACACCUUUUAUACACACACACACUCAAACACACACACACACAGAGAUGAUCGUCAUAAAAAAGAAAACAGAGGCGCGCGCUUGUUCGCCAUUUGCCUGCGUCCAAGUCCAGUCCAAGUGCCUUUUCACCCAAUAAAGGUGUGGCCUAAAGUGACAAUAGCAACAACAACAACUAUAACAACAACAACAGCAGAAGCAGCAGCAACAACAACAACAACAAUUGAACAACUCAAACUGAACAACAAGUCAAAUGUUUCACUAUGUUCUAUAUAAAUUAGACGGCAGCAAAUUGAAAAGUUACACACACUGUAUGUGUUAUAUACACACGAAUACACACUCGUGUGUGUGUGUGUCUCACUUAUCGAGUUGAGAUCGAUAUAGUAUGUGCUUAUUAUAUACUAAAUACAUGUACAUAUGUAUGUGCAACUUGUGCAUGCUUCACGCUCAUCUAAAGUUCUAAAAGUCAAGUGCAAUUUAGCUACGACUAACAACAACAACAACUAACGUUUUAUUGGCGCAAGGUGAAAAAAAUAAACGACACAACUUAAAUGAUUUUUCUAUAAAGAAAACAACAACAACAAAAACAACAAACUACAGUUCAGUGCGCAACGAAAAUUUGUAACUGAAAUACGUGAAAAUUGUUAAACGGAAAAUUCUUUAGUAUACGAGUAUAACGGCAUUUCAUUGGAUUAAGUAAAAUUCUAAGCGCUUUUUUUCGGAGCAGUUCAAAGCACAAUUUGGAGCAGAUAAGCUCCAACUCUAAGCAUUUCCAAUGAUGAAUCAGGAUAAUCCAUAUGCGAUGAAUCAGACGUGCAAGGUCUGUGGCGAACCGGCGGCUGGAUUUCAUUUCGGUGCAUUUACAUGCGAGGGUUGUAAGUCCUUCUUCGGCCGCUCUUACAACAAUCUGUCCUCGAUAUCGGACUGUAAGAAUAAUGGGGAAUGCAUCAUCAAUAAGAAGAAUCGCACCGCCUGCAAGGCGUGUCGCCUGAAGAAGUGUUUGAUGGUGGGCAUGUCGAAGAGUGGAUCACGCUAUGGCCGAAGAUCGAACUGGUUCAAGAUCCAUUGCCUGUUGCAGGAGCAGCAGCAGCAGGCGGUGGCUGCGAUGGCGGCGCACCACAACAAUCAGCAGGCGGGUGGUGCAGGCAAUCCCGGCGGUGCUGGUGGUGCCACAGCCAACGGAUGUGUCAAGUCGAUGGGUGGCAUGCCAGCGUCAUCAGCGGCAGCUGCCGCAUUGGGGAUGCUGGGGCAUGCCACUGGCGGUUAUCCGGGUCUGUAUGCGGCAGGACCGCCGCGCAGCAAGGAGGAGCUGAUGAUGCUGGGACUGGACGGCAGCGGUGAUUACGGGGGCAUUAAGCAUCCGUCGCUGGUGGCCUCACCAUCAGUUAGUUCACCGGAUUCCCACAACUCCGACAGCUCCGUGGAGGUGAGCAGUGUGCGCGGCAACUCGCUGUUGCAACUCGGUGGCAAGCACAAUGCCAGUGGUGCAGCCACAGCGGGUGAGCAAGGCAGCCAAGCAGCAGGAGGAGGAGGCGGAGGCGGAGGCACUGCACCAGGUCGACCGCCACAAUUGCGCAAGGAACUGUCGCCAUUUUUGCCAUUGCCAUUCCCCGGUCUCGCCACAAUGCCAGUGAUGCCACCGCCCGCCUUUUUGCCACCCUCGCAUCUGCUCUUUCCCGGCUAUCAUCCUGCGCUCUACUCCCAUCAUCAGAGUCUUUUGAAGCCCACGCCGGAGCAACAACAACAACAGGCGGCGGUGGCAGCGGCUGCAGUGCAGCAUUUGUUCAACUCUAGCAAUGCGAGUGGACAACGUUUUGGGCCACAGUUGCAUGCCACAUCCUUGCCAUUUGCUGGCCACAACAAAGACGAGGCGGCGGUUAGUCCAAAUCACAACCACAGCAACAACAACAACAACCACAUACUGUCCAACGGCAGCAAAGCGACAACAACAACGACAACAAUGUCAAUGUCCAUGUCAAGUGCGGCGGAUGAGCUGACAAAGCGUUUCUAUUUGGAUGCGGUUCUCAAGUCUCAGCAGCACAGUCCGCCACCACUGGCGACCAAAUUGCCGCCGCAUAGCAAACAGGAUUACUCCAUCUCGGCGCUGGUCACGCCCAACUCGGAGAGUGGGCGGGAGCGUGUGAAGAGCCGGCAGAGCAAUGGCGACGCUGAGGAGGAUGAGGAACGCGAAGAGCCCAGUGAAAAGACCGCUGACGAGGAUGCGGAUCAGGAGGUGGAUGAGGAUGAGGAGGAUCUUGUGGUGUCCAUGACACCGCCACAUUCACCAGCGCAGGAGCAACAACUACUGGAUCAACUGGAGCCGGAGCAGCUGCAUGUGCAGACGGCAGCUCAGGAUAAUCCCAUUGAUCUGAGCAUGAAGACCACAGGCAGCUCCAGCAGCAGCUGCCCGGAUGUGGACACAGAGACCUAUAGUGAUAAUGAGGCAGCUCAAGAGAAUCUCAAGAAAUCAAACAACUCAGACGAGGAGCAGGAGCAGGAGCUGGAACAGGAACAAGAGAAUCCUUCAGAACAGGAAGAUGCUGGAGAAACUGAGCUGGAGGAUAAUAGCACCACGGAAACGGUCAAAACCAGCAUUGAGCAAUCUCACAAACUUAACAACAACAACAACAAUAACAAUAACAGCAGCAACAACAACAACAAUAGCAGCAGCAACAACAACAUCAGCCACACCAGUGAUAACGAGGCAAGCGAUAACCUUAAACGGAAACUGAAUGAACUCAUACAGGAAUCGAAUGCUUCGAAUAACUCAAAGCGUCUGCGUUUGGAUUCACCACCAAAUCUAACCGUUAAAUUGGCCACCUCAACGGCACUCGAUUUAACCACCAAGGUCUGAAAACGAUUAACGAUAGACAUUGUCGACUGUCAGUAAAACAAAAUGGCGACAAUCAGUUUUAUUCGUCAUUUCUUAACACUAUGCAACAAACUUAAGAAAAACCUUUUACCUAGUAGACCUGACUUCCAAAUUUAUAUUUUUAUUUUUAAGUAAUGCAAUUGUUAAAUUCAUUUAUGACUUUCUUAAG